AUGUUGAAUUCAAAGUUUAUGGGUGUCUCUGCAAAGAGAUUGGCCACCAGAGGAUUCGCCUCGGUGUCAUCGUCGUUGCCAAAGACCCAAAUCUCCAAGCUAUCCAAUGGGUUAACGGUGGUAUCUGAAAACAUCCCUUUCACCUCGACCGCCACCGUCGGGGUGUGGAUUGAUUCUGGGUCCAGGGCAGAAACUACAAAGAACAAUGGGACAGCCCAUUUCUUGGAGCAUUUGUCGUUCAAAGGAACAAAGAAUAGAACACAAACCGGGUUGGAAUUAGAAAUCGAAAACAUUGGGUCACAUUUGAACGCUUACACUUCGAGAGAGACAACGGUAUAUUACGCAAAGACAUUGCAGAAGAAUAUUCCGAACUCCAUAGAAAUCUUAUCCGACAUCUUGACCCAUUCGGUGCUUGAUCCUCGAGCAAUUGAAAGAGAACGGGACGUGAUUAUCAGAGAAAGUGAAGAGGUGGACAAGAUGUACGACGAAGUGGUGUUUGACCAUUUGCAUUCAGUGGCGUUCAAAGAUCAACCUUUGGGGAUGACGAUCUUGGGACCAAGAGAAAAUAUCUUGUCGAUCCAAAGAAACGACUUGGUCGAUUAUAUCAAUGAGAAUUAUAAAGGGGAUCGGAUGGCGUUGAUUGGUACUGGGGCGGUUGAUCAUGCUAAGUUGUGUGAGUUUGCCGAAAACAGCUUUGGCCACUUAUCCAAGACCAAAAGUAGAGAGAAUAUGUUUGGCGAAACUCCUCAUUACGAUUUGCCGGUUUUCAAAUCGAGUGAAAUGAAGGUGGAAGAUGCGUCGGUCCCUCAAACCCACAUUGCGAUUUCUGUCGAAGGGGUGUCGUGGUCAUCGCCAGAAUAUUUCACUUCUUUGGUGGUACAAGCAAUGAUUGGUACCUGGGAUCGUUCGAUGGGGAAUGGUCUUAAUAAUCCAUCAAAGUUGGUGAAUACUGUUGCUUACGCCGGAGUUAACAACACCCCGAUUGCCAACUCAUUUAUGUCGUUUUCCACUUCUUAUUCCGACACUGGGUUAUGGGGGAUUUAUUUGACCACUGACAGCAGUAACAAUGAGAAAUUGAUUCAAGGGAUUUUGGAUGAGUGGAAACGGUUGAAGAAAGGAGAAUUUGCAGUGGAAGAAUUGGAAAAGGCAAAGAACCAAUUGAAGGCAUCGUUAUUAUUAUCAUUGGAUGGGACUACUGCGGUGGCCGAAGAUAUUGGGAGACAGAUUGUAUCUACCGGGAAGAGAUUGACUCCAGAAGAAGUGUUUGAUGCGGUGAACCGAGUGAAUAAGGAUGAUAUUGUGAAUUGGUGUAACUAUAGAUUGGGGGCCGGCAAGAUUUCGUUAGCGGCGUUGGGAGCGGUUUCAGACAUUCCAAGUUAUCAACAAAUCAGUCAGCAAAUGGUUUGA